UGUAUACCUUAUCGUAUUGGCGGGAAUAUUGGUUUGUUUUGUCGUUUGUGUUCACUUUACAUUACAAGUGAUGGCAGUUAAACAUGUCCACGUGAUGGCAGUUAAACAUGUCCACGAAAUAAACUGUGCAAAAGUAUGGAUGCAGACGCAAGAUUGAAGUUAAUUGCGUUGUUCAACUCGACACCUCGAGCCAAAGAAAUCUAUUCGUCAUUAUGUCAGCAGAAACAACAUUCAGAGAAAGAAGACUUUCAAAAUUCUUUGAAUGACUUUCCUGAUGAAUUACAAAACCAAACAUCUAGCCGCAAUGGGUCUCGAUGCUUUGAAAAGGAAAAAACUGCUGAUAAUGUGAAGAGAAGUAUUGGCAGUGAAGAAAGGAAUGACUCUAGCUGUGGUGGUGAUCAUUGCCUUCCAGAAUCAUUUGCUUCAGAAUGUUCAAGCAAUGUUUCAGAAAUUCCUCAGCAGUCCUUUCACUCCCAUGAACCAUUUAAAAGUCCUUUCCAAAUUCAACAGAAACACAUUGAGUUGAUGGAUUGGUCUUUACAAUUUUUGGGUGAAGGAAAAAUCAUUGUUGAAGGUCAAAGGAGAUGUGAUCCACCAGACAUCCUAUGGAGAACAUCACUCAUUUGUGAAAGAAUUUCCACCAAUGCUGUGCGAAGUAGACGUGGCACCAUUUACUUCUUGCUUGGUGAAAUAGACAUGAAUGAGAUGUUUAUCAAAAAUUUUUCAGAAGACGUUAUUCGUAUGUUCAGAUUUGGAUUUCCAGUCAACUGGCGUGAUGUUUUUUCCAUGAUUUGUACAAGGCCUGUAAGAAAGGACAAUGUCUCCGAGGUAGGAAAAGCUACUGGAUCGAGGAAAACAAAAUAUGACGGCGAGGAAUCAGGAUUGUUGCGAACAAGUAUCAUAAAACGAUACGAAACACUAAAUCUUGAAAGAACAGAAGUUGACCGCGAAAAUCGUGUAAUAAAUUCAGAAAUUAACUGUGGAAGUUCGCUCAAAAAUCCACAGAAACAGCUUCAGGCUCAAACAAAAAGACAAACUUACGACCAGGAAAAACGGAAAACAAUGCAAAGGAAAAGGAAGUGGGAUUUUCGACCGACAACAUUGUGUGCAACUGCAGAGAAAAAUGGUGCGACUGAAGAAGAUCGACUCCAUGAAAUUGUGGAACUACAGUCAGCGGAAAGUGCUCAAGAACAACUGGGGAUAACUGAAGAUGAAGUACCAUGGAUAACUGAAGGGGAUCAACCAGGGACAACUGAAGAAGAUACACCAGGGAUAACUAAAAAGGAUACACUAGGGACAACUAAAGAGGAUCCACCUGGGAUAGCUAAAGCGGAUCCACCAGAAAUAACUGAAGUCGAAUCACCAAGGAUAACUGAGGAGGAACCAUUGGAGAUUAUUAAAACAAAGCGAAGAGGAAUAACUGCCGAAAUCUCAGAAGUAACCGAAGAAGAAAGAAAUACGUCAACGGACAAAGUGACUCGAAAAAAAAAUGAAGAGGAAACCCGUGUGUUGUCUCAAACAACUGUUGACUAUAUGGAUAAUGAUGUUUCUUAUAAAUUAAAGACAAAGUCAACAAAGACAGUUGAGAAAGAAACGUCUUUAUGUGGCAACAAAUCACCGUCCAUAACCGUCGCAUCAAGACAAAAGAGCCCGUCAAGGCCUUCAAGAGUGACGAGAGGAACAACUGAAGAGGGAACAGAAAGAAUAGCGAAAGAAAAAACACGUGGGCUCUCUCGAGUUGAAACAACUAAUAACUCUAUCGAUGAAGAUGUUUCUUAUCAAUUAAAGAAAAAGCCAGCAAGGGCAGUUGGAAGGAAUACGUCUUUAAAUAGCAAGAAAUCGCCAUCCAAACCCUUCCAAUCAAAGCAAAGAAAUCAGUCAAAGCCUUUAAGGGUGACGAGAAAAACAGCUGAGGACGACGUGGAAAGUGUAACAGAUGCGGAGGCCUGUGGAUUCUCUCAAAAUGAGACACCUACAAACUCUGUGGACGAUGGUGUUUCUCAUAAAUUAAAGAAAAAUCAAAUGAAAACAGUUGGACAGAAAGCGUCCUUAAAUAUCAACAAAUCGUCGUCUAUACCCGUCAAAUCAAAACGAGGAAGUCGGCAAAAGCCUAAAAAUAAUCAUACCAACGACGAUGAUACGAUUUGCGUUCAGCGAUCAAGGAGUGGUAGACUCGUAUGUCCAGUCCUUGAUUUUUGGAAAGGACAACGAAUAUCGACAUCCCUUGACAAAGAAGAGAUCUCUAUUAUUAAAUCAAACUUGGAAGAUUCAAAACUGUCAUUGUCAAUGAUGGAUAGACGUGAGUACAACAGUGAUAAUUUCAAACAAAGUGAAACACAAUCCGAAACAGAAUGGUUUCCAACAGACACUGAUUCGAUCCACACCGUAUCUUCAAUUGUAACUAGCGAUGCAACAUUAUCUUCGAAGACAAAUGGAAUGAAAAACAGUGAUGAUAACAGAAAGUCUAAUGAUGUAAAGCUAUUGAGAAUCCAAGCAAAAUCAGGGGAGAUUAGAGGUGCAACUUUCAAACGCAAAUCAUUGCAAGGAAAUGAUUACGGAGUUGGAGCUUUACCUAGAUCUCAGAACACAGUACAAAUGUCAAGGGGUGCAUCUGUAACUAAACGAAAGAAAAGAUCUACCGGAAAUGACGUAGUAAACAGUCGAACUGCAAGAACUCUGGCUAUGAAAGAUAAUAAGACUCGAACGAGAACAUAUAAUCCAGUUGACGAAGAAAAGGUUCAACGUAAUAUUUGGUCAAAGCAUUUGAAUUACAGUGAUGAAUUAAAGUCCAGCUCACAGACUGUUCGACGUAAACAAGCAACUAGUGGAAAGAAAAUCCAAUCUUCUAUGAAAGGCGAAUCAAGAAAUUUAUCAUCAAAGCCAGGAACAUUAGCCCGAAAGCGAGAGUUGCGUAUCAUGCUGGAACAGCAAGAUGAAGGAUACGAAGAUGAUGCAUUCGACGGGACUCCUCUCAGAGAGAAAAAAAUCAGAAAAAUGGGUAGCAUAUCCCCGAUUGUAUUGGAGGAAACAGAUUCGCAUGAGAAUAACAAUGACAGAAUAAGUGGCAUGAAAACGCCCUCAAAUCGGCUCCGCCCAGCUGGCCCACUUACACCUUUAACAAGUUCGUCUGAAAUGGAUGUUACGACACCUGGUUUGCUCAACACGGUUAAAAGGGAUCGUGUUGACCGUUAUGUCAAUCAAAUAAAAAGGCAAAAAUAUCGGAGUUUAAGAUCGAGGAAGGAUGUUAUUCAAGCCGAUCAACCCUUGACGAAAAAACCGUUAUCCAGCACUUUGCUACAAGAUAUUGACUAUAAUUAUAAUGUACAGCAAUCCGAGAUUGAGGAGGAAGAGAACGAUGAUUACUAUUGGUCAGAUGAUGACUGAUGUUUAUAUGACUGUAUUUAUUGACCUCUCACCAAUAUCUCGGUUUGUUCUUGUUUAACGAAAUUUUGUCGUUUACAGAUGAUUGCGUCUGAUUCAUGAGAUAUUUUAAAGCUUACAUAAGUCUAUAUCCGCGAUUCUAUUUUGUUGAGAACCUAGCUAUCCAAAACCGUUAUUGUAUUAGCAAGGCGAUUAAACACGAAGACCUUGUUCUAAUAUUUUUUAACUUUGUUCUGAACGAUUUAACGUCUUGCAAAUCAAAACUUUUACUGCAAUUUCAAAAAAGUUGUCAAAGAUUUAUUCUUUUUAGCAGUAAUAUUCUCAUUAUGAUCACAACUUGCGCGCUAUUCAUAUCGCCGAAAUCAGUUAUAUCAAAGGUAUGACGUCAUCUUUUUACUGCUAUCGUGUCUACGUGAUUUUAAUAUUGAAAGAAUUGUGUGUCAAGUCAUGUGUAAAUAAUAUAUUCAAAAGCACAACAACAAAGCGUCGUCGUAUCUAUAAUAUAAACGAUAUGCAUAUCUCAAGCUUUAUACGAUUAUACCUUUGACGAAGGUUACUUCGUUAUUUUAUAUCAAGAAGAUGAGUGAAAAAUACUUUUCUCGUUCAUUGUUUUUGUGGAUAUUUCUCAUUGUAUUUUUCAUACCAAUUUGCAAUGGUUUAUGUAAAACUGGACUGAAAUACUUUAAAUUAUCAACAACUUGGAACUUUUGUGGUGUGAGGACAAAGAAGGCUACUCUUCGAUUUUUAACAAACUUUUUUUCGGUGAAGUCUAAUUCAUGCCUGACAAUUGGAUUCCCAUAUCGUGACAAAACCUUCACCGAUGCUACGCCACUCUUUCGCUUGGAAUUGAACAAGACAAUUAUCGAAGUGAAGCAAACGCCAAAAGUCAGGAGGAAUUUCAUUUGUAAAAAAAAUGAUAAGUCAAACCGCAAUGUUCUUGUUGUCGAUUGUCACGUGAGAAGAAAGAUAGCAAAGUAUCUGCUCUCUAAGAAAAUAAAGAUUUUUUGGAGUGCGGGCAAGAAUAUCCGUAAUAUCACGGAUGAAUGGAUGCGUUUGAUGAAGAUUCAUUCAGAAUUUAAAUUGAACACGAAGAAAAAUAAGAAGAUUCAUCGCCAACAAUUUGUCUUAGCUAAAGAAAAGCCGUUUUUCAAGCGUUUCCAAAAAAGCUUUGGAGUCAUAAUUGGUGUCGCAUUUGUACUUACUGCUUUGAUAACAAUUACGAUCUGUUACUGUUGCAAGAAGAAACCACCCAAUAGCAAUUUCAAAAGGCAGAAAUUUACAAAGGAUUCGUCGGUGUCUUUUUACAGAGAAUACAGCGAUGCAGAUGGAAAGAGUGACGAUUCUGAUAGCGAUGAGAAAGUUGCAUUUAUUCGUAGUAAUAAUAACGAUAGAAGUAAACAAGCUUAAUUAGAAAUUUUCAUCAUAUUGACUCUAUACUUGAUCAUUCCUGUAAAGUAUCAGUUUCAUGGAGCCUUGCUUUUGUAAAUAGAAUUUUUCUAAUUUCGCAAUUUGCAGCUUACAUAUACAUGGUUUUUUCAUAUAUUUUCGCAAACCCUUUUGGGCUUGCAGCUCUAGAGAACUGUCAUAAGUGUCCUCAGCUCGCAUAAGCCUGUACAAACACAAUAGUAAACAUCUUUUGUUACAUCAUUAAAAGUUGGAACACAA